CUGACCGUGAGGGCCAAAAUAACGCUGCUCCUUCAGCUGAACACAUGAAACUUGUUCCCUUCUUUUCUUUGCGUGUACAUUGUGCUCUUCUUAUCGAAUUCUAAUGUCCAAGUCGCAGGAUUAUCCAGAUUCCUUCGAGCUGAUGGAAGGAGUCACUAUGACUUUCGAGCCUCAAGUCCGCAUUGUCAAGAUUAGAGGUGCCCCAGACGAUGACAUCUUCCGGGUCCCAUCCCACUGGCACGAAGAUCACGAUGAGAUAAUGACUAUUUACGAAGGAAGACUUAAGAUUACUCUUGGAGGUCAAACAAAGGUGUACACGCCAGAGAGUGGCGAGGUUUUCAUACCAAGAGGUGUUCCUCAUUCAAUAGAGAGCUUUACAGCGUAUUCAAAAAACCUUGUAGGACUAACAGAUGCUGAUGCCUCUGGAGAGUCUGACCGUGCCGGGAGGAGCUCCAUCGACAUUGUGAUCUUGAGUGGACUUAUUACCCUUUGUUACCUCCACCCUCUUCCACCACGGAAGAUCGUUGUCGAAAGGCUCCUCGCCAUCUUCACUUCUGCUGUAACAGCCGUUGACUUCGAGAUUGGUGUCCGCUACGUAGACUGCCAAGGGCCAUGGGUGGGAAGUCGACUUACUCCAAAAAGUCCCUUUCUAGACGUCGCCACUGCGGCGGGGGCUCGAGAUUAUCCAAGGCCAAGGAUGCGACCUUUCAGCCAUCGAUACUGUAUCUAUUUCAUCAAACCCAUGCCUGCCAUCUGCACUGUCUUUCUAUAUAUGAUCAGCGAAUCCGAACCUCACACGUUGCAUAAUGAGUUGGGAUGGCCCGAGAAAUUCGAGGUACGCGACCAAUUGCUCCUUGAACGGGUGGAGGUGGAAGAGGCCAAGGGAUUAGAUCGAUUAGAGCAGAACCUAGCAGAACGGACCUUGUAA